AUGCCGGAGGUCACACAGACGAAUACGCGAUUGCAAGUGGAUACUCGGUUCUCUAUUGGCAACUAUGCACUGGGCGAGACGCUGGGCAAGGGUGUGUUCUCCGUAGUGAAAGAGUCUACACAUCUGAUCACGGGCCAGAAAGUGGCAGUGAAAGUGGUGGAUCGGACGAAAGUGAAAGAGAAGGAUCUGAAAACUUUGGUCCGGGAGAUGCAGGUUAUGAAAUUGCUGACACACAACAACAUCGCAAAGCUCUACGAGAUAAUUGACACAGCGGAGGCCUUUUAUUUGGUCUUGGAGCUGGUCCAGGGAGACACCAUGCACGCAUACCUCAAAGAAAAUGGGACGGUGACUGAGACCUUAGCUGCUGACUGGACACGGCAACUGGCAUCCGGGGUACAAUACUGUCACUCCCGGCACGUUGUACACAGGGAUAUCAAAUUAAACAACAUCAUGGUCGAUCCUACCGGAAGGGUCAAACUCAUCGAUUUCGGGUUGAGCAGAGAAUUCGAGGCAAAGAAAAUAGAGACGCACUGUGGUACCCCCGUAUACGCCGCCCCCGAGCUUUUCCGGUCGGGCGGAUACUUUGGACCGGCGGUUGAUAUGUGGGCCAUUGGUGUGGUGCUACACGCGUGUGUGAGUGGCAGGUUACCCUUCAAAGGCGACAAUUUCAGAAAGCGUAUCCAAGAGGGUGACUACGAGGUCCCGAAAUACUUCUCUGUCAAGCUCAAGAACACCAUUGCGUCACUGUUGGAAGUCAAUCCGAAGAAGCGCGCAACUGCCACGGAUCUGUUGAAGUGUCCGUGGAUAAUGCAGAACGAGAAGACCAUCGCACCCAUCGAAGUGGUACCCUUCGAGGAUGCGAUAGACAUCGACUGCGUCAAGGCAAUGCGCAAGCUCGGCUUUGAGGAACAGGAGGUGCUCUCAUCUGUACAGAACGACAUGUACGACCACACCGCCGCCACAUACUACCUACUCAAGGCCCACAAGGGCAAAGACUUUGAUCUCGAACCGUUGCUAGUCCAGUUGCCGCCCAGCGCUCAGUCACACUCUCGCCCGCGCCAAAUAAAUAGUCCCGGAUUAGUCGUUGUCCCGCCCAUGGGUGGGUCGAGCAGUGCGCAGCAUAGCCCAGUUCACUCCUCCUCAACAACUUUAUCAUACCCCACGGCUACUCAUAAGUGUACAUACACCCCCUCACACUCCUCACAGACACGAAGGGGCUCUUCGCCGGCUGAGCCGCUUACUAGUGCCAGUCACAGCGGUCAGCAGCACUCACCCGCUAAGAUAACCAGCAACCUCAGCGCACAAAACUCGCGAUCAAAGGACUCGCCACCAUGCUCAUCGUCCCCUUCGCCGUCGUCGGGUCGGAGAAAAAGCUUAGCGGAGGUGAUCAUGUCGCCACUCAGCUCUUUCAAGAGCAUGAAAUUCGGAAACAGUAAAGACGAUGUGCUAAACGAUCCCAGUCUAAAAAUAACCAUGCCCACUGCCAUCCCGGCAGCAACCACUACAGACACAGAGCAAAUAUUUUUUCCCGCGUCACCGAAACCUCGACGUCACUUGUGAACAGCUUUAGUAAAGAAUAAACUUGUGAAUGAUCCGCCUUUUAUUACUCUUGUUACUUGUCUGGGGAAGAUCAAGGCUGCGCGAUAACAUGCAGAGUGGUGUGAACCUAUGUUACCCUGGAGCAUGUCUAGGUAUAACAGAGCUGCUGUAAUCGUCAUAUAUUUCUAACUUAUCAUCGUAAGUCGCGCGAAGAAUCGCGUGGUCCGCUAUAAGCGGUAGUCAAACAGCACGCUUACGAGUCUCAUUACAGAUUUCCAAUCUGCUUCACAGAGUGAUCCUGCGAUUUUGCCUCCAGCGAUACAAAAAGAAACAGCAUGCUUGCGAGUUUUGCAACAGCACAACUACACCCUUCUCCAAAGACUUUGUCACAUUUGAUUUUCCCUGGUGAUACAAGAACAAACAGCAUGAUUACGAGUCUUGUUACUACACAACUGCACUCUUCACAGAUUUUUUUCUGGUGUUACAAGAACAAACAGCAUGCUUACGAGCCUUGUUACAACACAACUGCACUCUUCUCCACAGCCUGGUCACAUGUGAUUAUUCCUGAUGGUACAAGAACAAACAGCAUGCUUACGAGUUUUGCAACAACACAACUGCACCCUUCUCCACAGACUUUGUCACAUGUUGUUUUCUCUGGUGAUACAAGGACACACAGCACGCUUGCGAGUCUUGUUACAACACAACUGCACUCCUCUCCACAGCCUGGACACAUGUGAUUUGUUUCUGGUGAUACAGGAACAAGCAGCAUGCUUAUGAGUCUGGUUACUACACAACUGCACUUUUCCACAUAGACUAGUUCCAUGGAUUUUUCCUGGUCACAUCUCACUUACGCAGGCGGAUGUUGAUACUAUUUCUAGUUCGGAACAAAGAGAAUAUACAUGAUACAGUCAAAACAAGGGCUGUUUGUUGAAUAUUUGAGGAUCCUACAUAGUACAAUUCCCGUUCCGCGAAGUGCGGAAUUUGCCGCCACAAUAUAUCUAGCUGACCAUAGACCUCGACUAGCGAAACACUUGUGUGUAAUGAUACUUCCAAAACAGAUUCGAUUAUGUACAGUGAAAAUGACAAACCGUGCACACCAACAUCCCUAUAAUCCAUUGAGUGCUUCAGUAGGAAUUAAUUCCGCCACACAAUAUAUAACAACUCUCCAAACGCAUUGCCGCCGAGUAAGACCCACAUUCCCAACACCUCUGCACUUUGGUGAAUUCUGUUCAAUUCUAAGUUUGACGAAUACAUACUGAACCAAUUAUCAGACUGCGGAAGCCCAUAAAAGCGAUAGUGCGACUAUGCUCAAUUGUGCAUUGAAGCGCUCCACAUGGUAGCCAUUGCAUGUUACGAUACCCAUAUUGGUUCCAAAGAAACCAUUUUUUUCGAUCGAAAAGCGAGACCUUUCUAAACUGCGCGGACGGUGAUUUGCUACUGUCUGAGCGAAAUCGGUUAGAACGAGGAUGUGACAUUGUUAUCACUCUUCCAACAACCCUACAGACGAUGAAAAUUCGUCUUAUAUUUAGCUCCAAACCCCAAGGCCACUCGUUAACUGUAUAUAUUAGUUUUGAGUACUUAGAUGUUUGAAGGUUAUAACUUGUACAGAGCACGACUCACCUUACUUCUAUACCUUUGCACAU